CUAUACUCAAAUAUCCUUUGAAGGACUGUUUGAAGUUAAAAAUAUGUUUAUUUAUGUCAUUACUCACACUUGAGGUUACUUCUAACUCAUUUUUCUUUCGAGAAAUCUAUUCAGAAUAGAAAACAACCGUAACUAAGUAUGUUUAGGUAAAUUAAAAUAAUUAAUUCUCAAAGGCAGUAGACGAAACAAGUUUGAGAACCUCUGUGUUAGAAUGAAUUUAUCUACUUGAAUUCAUGCAGAUAACGUUUCCUGGCAACUGAUCUCCCUCUUAAUAUAAUCUAGAAGAUAUGUAAAUAAAAUUUUAAUAUCACGCAUAUCUCGCGGCAAGCCUAAUAUUGGUUUGGUGCAAUGCGAUGUUUCGACUAUGAUUAUUAUUAUGCAGUUAUCAUUUUAAUUUUAAAGUAAAUUAGUUCAAAACUAACUUCCUUUUGUUAACCAGUUAACCAAACCUGAAGACAAAUUCCGAUUUUCUUGCACAUAUUCGCUUAUGGGCCUGCUCCUGUUAUACUGAAAUUAAGUUGAGUAUAUCAUCAUUAAAUGAAUGGUUCCACUAACACACUUACUAUUACAACACACCAUUUACUAUUCUCUUGUCGUGUAUCUGCAGCGAUGUGUAUAGUUUGAACACUUUAUAAAUAAACUAUCUCGCUGAUUAUUAUCAACAAGACCAAGUACAUAUGUAAUUUAAAUCAUUUUUUUACAAAGACGUAUGCGACUUUAAGUAAAUAGUGGUUCGUGAAUUAUUUACAACUUAUUUUUGUUAGUGUUUUAGUAAAAUGGUGCACAGUUGACACCAGAAGAUGUCAUCGAAUUGUGUGACGAGACAAGGCGAUUUGUUAAGAAAUGAAAAACAGGAAACGGAAAUUGAACCUAUGCUUACGAUUAGAAAGUUGACGGACGAUGAGACGCUAUGCGGCUUUUGGAUUUUUAAAGGUCGCUUUCUUCAGAAAUUUGCAAACAAAAAAGCUUUCAUAAUAUUGUAUGGUAUAUUAGGAUGUUUGUAUGGUUCAACGUUUGCUUAUUUUAAUGGGACCAUUACAACUCUAGAAAAGCGAUUUAAAAUCACUAGUAGAACUACAGGCAUAAUAACUGUUGGAAAUGACCUGAGUCAACUAUUGGUGGCAGCAGUGCUAAGUUAUUAUGCAGGAAGAAGACAUAAACCGAGAUGGAUGGCGUUAGGCAUGUACUCGGUUGUCUUAUUCUGCCUUUUGUCAGCUUCCCCGCACUUUUUCUUUGGACCAGGAGAAGAUGCUUUAUUAUUAACAAAGGAAUAUGGGCCGAUCCUUAAAAGUAACUUAACCAAUUCGAUAGAUACCAGUUCGAAAAGGUCUAUAUGUAAAACGAGCAACGUCACAACAGAAUGCGCCAUGAAAAAAGGAUCUUCAACCCCUCAAAUAAUUUUUUUCAUUGGACAGUUCAUUUCUGGAGUGGGCUCUCUCUAUUAUUCACUAGGAGUCUCGUAUAUGGACGAUAAUAUUAAAAAAUCAAAAACACCAGCGGUUAUAAGUAUAUCAUUUUUUUUAAAGAUGUUGGGUCCGAUGAUUGGGUACACAUUGGCGUCGUUUUGUCUUAGAAUUUACAUAUCUCCUACGUUGACUCCCACAAUUACGUAUCAAGAUCAACGGUGGCUGGGUGCAUGGUGGUUGGGAUGGAUAAUUCUCGCAUUACCAAUAUUUGCACUUUCUUCCGUGUUAGCCCUCUUUCCUAAAUCGUUACCGAGAGCAGCUGCCAGAAGAUUGACAAGGCAAAUGAGCUCGAAAGCUUCUAAAAAUACAUUAGAGGACGAUGCUGAAAUACCUACCUCGUUCAAAGAUAUGUUAAAAACAUUCAAGAGGCUACUCGCCAAUCCAACUUUGAUGUUAAAUAAUUUCGCCGCCGUUUUCUACUUCUUGGGAUACAUGCCUUAUUGGAUAUUUCUGCCAAAAUAUAUUGAAUCUAUUUACCACCAGUCUGCUUCAGCGUCAAGCCUGAUCACUGGUACAGUUAGUUUGGUAUUUUCCGCAAUAGGCGUGUUACUGUCUGGUGUAAUUAUUUCCAAAUGUAAACCAAGAGCUCGUUAUUUGGCCGCGUGGAAUGUAAUAGUUGGCGCUGUUUCUGUAAUCGGGAUGAUUUCUUACGCCUUCCUCGGAUGUAUGGAAAUAAAGAACAAAAACCCUCUAACACCAUCUGGGGAAUUAAAUCCUAAGUUUCCUUGUAAUCAAAAAUGCCAUUGCGAUUAUGUAAAAUAUAACCCAGUAUGUUCUGAAGAUGGUAAAACAACUUUUAUAUCUGCUUGUCAUGCAGGGUGUACGGGGAAACAAAAAUUCAACGGUUCUUUUGUUUAUUCAAAUUGCGCUUGCAUCUCCCCCGUUAGUUCAAAUGUUUCCCUGGCGCUGCCAAACAAUCUCCUCGAAACAAAAGAAGAAACUCAUGGUCAAGGUGGUAAAGCCUUUCAAGGCAAUUGCCCCAUUGAUUGCGUCAACAAAUUUUAUGUAUUUCUUGUUGUUGUAUGUAUUUUGAAAUUUAGCGGGGCUACAGGAAGAGCAUCGAAUUUUUUAGUUACAGUAAGAUGCGUGGAAGAAAGGGAUAAACCAGUAGCCAUGGGGUUUGGAGUAAUGGUAACAAGCCUUUGCGCUUUUAUUCCAUCUCCUAUAUUGUUUGGAUACAUUCUAGAUAAGGCAUGUUUGGUUUGGGGAAAGACUUGUACAGGAACAGGAAACUGUUGGCUGUACAAUGGCGAAAUAUUAAGGUAUAGAAUGAACUUUACUGCAGCCAGCUUUGUUACCAUAGGAACCAUAUUUGACUUGGGUGUCUGGUACUUCGUGAAAGAUUUGAAAAUCUUUGACGAGGAAGUCGAAUUAGAGCUUAAAGAUAUUAACGAGGAACCGCGUUGAAUAGUACAAAUUUUCUGUAGUUCGCACAGCUUUUUGUGGAAAAUAAACUGUGUUUUAAGAAAUGUA